AUGAAGUUCUUCUCCAUCUUGGCCCUCGUUGGCCUCGUUGCCGCCAAUGCCAUCCCAAACAACUAUGGCGAGUGCAAACCGAAGACAGUAUACAAGAACGUUUACAAGACGAAGACUGUCACCGACUACAAGUACAAGACUAAAUACGAGACUAAAUACGUCCCGAAAUAUAAGACUGAAACGAAAUAUGUCACGAAGAAGGAGACUAAGAAGGAGACCAUCACUCAGAAAGAGACCAAGAAGGAGACUAUAACUGUCCCAACAACAAUUACGAAGAAAGAGACCAAGAAGGAGACCAUAACCGUGCCCACAACCAAGAAGGAAACCAAGACAGAGACCAAGACCGAGUACAAGCCAACAUAUGUUACUAAGUACGAGACAAAGUACGAGACAAAGUAUCAGACCAAAACAGAGACCAAGACGGAGUACAAACCAACAUACGUUACUAAAUACGAGACAAAGUAUGUCACGAAAUAUGAGACGAAAACCGAGCACAAGCCAACAUAUGUCACUAAAUACGAGACAAAGUACGAGACCAAGUAUGUUCCAAAGUAUCAAACUAAGACCGAGACUGUUACCAAAUGCAACAACGGAUAUGAACCAAAGCCAUACUAG